UUAAAAUCUGGCGAUAAUAUUGGUUUUACAACGACGCCUUUACAAGGUUUUGAUUUUUUUACGUUACAAGUUGUACAUAAAUUAAUAAAUAUUUGGAUUGCUCUUCGAGGAAUAUUGUAUUUAUUUUUUAAAUAUCGCUCAACUUUAUCCCUUCCACCAUGACCAGUUAUUUUAUGACUUUCUUCGAUUUUUUCAAAAUAGUUUUUGUUAUGGUAUCACUGUUGUUCAAACGCAUGUGUAUGUGUGUGUGUAAAAUGUGUAUAAGCAACGACCAUUCUUGCUCACUCUAUAAUUGUUAUCACUCGACACAGUCGUGAUCUGUUGUUCACUAAUAAACUUUCGUUAAUUAGUUACCUAAUUAUUUCAGUGUUUUAUUUUGUUCAUAAAACACAAACACAACAUGGUGUCAGGUGUCAUCGAUUCUGUGUCUUCCGUUUUCCGUUAAAUAAAAUAACCUCGUCAUAUUAUACUCAUAAUAAUAUUGUAGGUAACCUAACCUAACUGUCGUAUUGUCAUUUAGUGUCGUCAUCAAAAACCAUGUGUAUCUAAACAUUUUUUUUUUCUUCCGCACUAUGUCUGUCUACACUUUUGAAACAUGACGUCUGGAUUGAUUGGUAGUCUACCACCAUUAUCCGUAGAAGGUAAUCUAUGUCAAUAUUGGAAUGAAUGGAUUCAAUACUUUAAUAUUUAUAUGACUACCAGUGGGUAUAAUUCAUUAAAAGAAUUUAGGAAAGUGUCGAUAUUCCUACAUUUUAUCGGUAAGCCAGCGCUCAAAAUAUUUAAUUCUUUUAAUCACGAUAUUAAAACAGUUUCACUGGAAACUGUUAUCGCUUGUUUGACUACUUUAUUCCUCGGAAAAAUGUCACUAUUGAACGUCAUAAAUUUUUCACAAGAUUGCAGUCUGCAGAUGAAAGUAUCGGUGAAUACGUUGCAGAUCUUAAAAACUUAAGUAUGUCUUCCGAAUUUGAUACACUACGUGAGAGUCUUGUAAAAGACGUUCUUAUAUUUGGUCUACAUAAUAAUUGGCAACAAUUAAAGCAACAUUUAUUAAGAGAAGAUGAAUUGUCUCUUGAUAAGGCUCUGAAAAUAUGUUCAUCGAUGGAGUUGUCUAAUUGUACAGAACAAUUAAAUAAUCCCAGUGAAGAUUUGCUGACGGUUCAAACAACUAAAGUAUCAUCAUCAAGUUGUUCAAGAAAAAAUUCACAGUCAAAGUCAAAAUGGUCGCCUCAAAGCAAUACAAUUCAAAAGAGGGAGACGUCAAGUUCACAAAAAAGGAACAAUAAUGGUAGCAUCCACUUACAUCCAUGCGUUGAACAGACUGAGUAAAUCACUGAGAUUCCAUCAAUCAGAUGGUACGUAAUAAAAUUGGUACAGUCGAUAGUAUUUUCAAUAAGAAAACAAAUCCACAUCGCAACCACCGAGAAACUGAACAACUUGCAGUCCUUCAAUUUCUCGACUUCAAUUGAAUAACUGAUACUCCACCAGAUCAUUCAGUCACCAAUAUCUUCAAUCAACACUUGUUU